AUGGACGAGCAAGGUCGAAACAAAAGGAUCGAAAAUUUUAAACGUUUGUCAAGGGAGAGACGACCCAACUCAACUCCACCGAUCAUAUCUCGUAAUCAAGAAGACAGCACCAUACCAUUUGCCAUGGCUACCUCAGAGAGUGUUCGCUCAAAUCCAACUCUCUCUCAGAUGGAUGAAAAUGACGAAGUUCAGUCGACAAUGGUAACUCCUUCAGAGAACAGUGAGACGGUUAAUGGAAACGAUUCUGACGAUCAGCCUUCUACAUCAAAAACAAAGCCGAAGUCGAAAUCAGGGUCGAAGAAGAAUUUAUAUUGCGAGUUUUGUAAGAAGGGUUUUGGACUCCUGAAUAUCCUCAAGGUACAUUUAAGAAUACAUACUGGAGAAAAACCUUAUAUUUGCAAUAUAUGCCAGAAAUCAUUCAAUCAGAGUGGUUCCUUAAACAGGCACAUACAAACGCAUUACAGGAGGGCACACGCAAACAGUAAUUAUCCCUGUCGCUAUUGCAAACUUGUCUUUAUACACUCGAGCCAACUACAAGAACAUGAGAGUAGUCAGCACUUUAAUGACAGUGCGCAGACUUCAUUACCAGAAAACCAUUCUGAUCUUCCCUGCAUGAUGGCACCCUUUUUCGCCAUGUGCCUUGGAAGGAACUCGAAUUUACCACCACAGCUUGGAAAACCUGAGUCUCCGGUACCAUUUGCAUCCCAUGGCACACCAACGACCUCUCAACACCCCGAUACCAGACCAAGUUUACCCAACUCUUCCCCAGUAGACUACCAGCUUGGCAACUUUCCCCAUUUUCCACUGCCACAAAGACCUUUCAAUGACCAGUCUCCAAUGUUCCCAUUAAAUCUCGACUUACCAGGACCCUCGAAACUUACUCCCCAAGUGUCGUCACUCUUACCACCUCCUCUCCUGAAUGGAUUACCCUUUUUAAACAGUUCCGCAACUCAAGCCUCAUCGGAAUUUUCAGCUGCAAAUCUGUUAAACAAUAACAAGCCUUCGACACCUAAUUUUGAGAACAUUAUGCAACUUCUGGCCAGCAUGAAUAAUGGCGAGGGCUCACCUACCCUGCCUGUUCCUCCCUCAAAUCCUACUUUACCAUUUGAUCCAAAUUUUCUCAACACCUUCAUAAAGAUAAAUGAACAGAGAGACCCUGCUCCACCAAAGCCAGCCGCGGAGACCAUUGGACCUUCAGUAAUGACACCGACUGAAACUUUGUCAAACAACAGUGCCUGUUCCAGUCCCAAGAGUGGAAACAGUGAAAUUGCGAGUACUUUGCGUCAGCAGCCUGGCCCACAACCUUCGACUUCAAGCGGAGCACAACAACCAAUAGACAGUCCUAUCACCCACGACGGGAAACAUUGCCGUGUUUGCAACAAGCGCUUCAACUGUGGGAGUGCACUCAAAAUCCACUUUCGCAAACACUCGGGUGAACGCCCCUACGCUUGCAUACAUUGCAAUAAGGCCUUCACCCAAAACGGCACACUCAAGAGGCACUACGCGACCUGCAAAGUGGCCAAGAGGCAGGCCCAAGCUGGGACUUCUCGAAUCCCUCCACCAUUAUUACCACCUACACCUUCAAAGAAAUUUCCUUCCCCCCUACCAGCGGUUUCGCAAAUGUCGAGGUUUCCACCUCCAAUCAAUGGGACAAACACCCUCAUGACCCCACCACUUGUUCCUCCCCAAAACCUUCUUGAACACAUUAUUCCCCGACAAUCAGAGCAGCCACCUAACUCCAGCAUUUAUGAGAACGCAUUUAGAAUAUUCUUUGAAAACCUCUUAUCCCAACACAAUUCAUUCAAUGACCGGAUUUUUCAAAUGGAGACGGGACAGAAGAUUGAACAAGAGACCCCAAUGGACGUAUGUAUCAAUACAGAAGAGCCAGAAGAUCUGUCCAGUUCACGCAAUGAGGAGCAAGGCAAUGUGGAAGACGGCCUCGAACGCGAGAAUCCGGUAAAUGAGACAUUGGGGUCACACAGUAUAACUGAAAACGGAUGUGUGGGUGCUCGUGGUCAGCAAAAUACGGCACUACAAAGUACUUCAAAUUGUCAAAAUGGAAUACGCAGCAUUGAGGAUCUGCACCAUUGCACCGCGUGCGGAAUUUACUUCGCAGAUUUCUCCAUGUAUAAUUUUCACCGAUCCCUACACGCGAAUGGAGCAGAUUAUACUUGUUCACAGUGUGGUGAAAGUAUGUCAAAUGCGAGAGAAUUCGCCCUUCAUUUCGUUCGCUCUCAUGAUAACCACCAUCCCCGACACAAACAUGGUCUGCCAAGGGAGGAGUCGUCCGCUAAACCCACUUCAAUUAAAAAGGUGGCGAACUUGAAUUUGUCACCGAGGCAUUAA